GCGCGCGGAGACAGUAUAAAAGCAGCUCGGGAAGGCAGUAGAAGCAGCAUUCAGACCGGUGCAGCAUCUCUAGCAGCAUCAGCAUCACUAGCGGCAGCGAGCCUCCACUCCAAGCUCAUCAUGGUUCUCAUCUGGACGCAGUUCGGCGUGAAGCACAAGAACGUCAAGUGCAAAGUGCGGGUGAUCCACGGCGAGGAAGGCUGGACUUCAGAGGAGGUACAUGAGGACCCUGAGGUGCCCAGUCCUCCCCCCUCUCCACCUUGUGUGGACCACUAUGCCGUGUUGGGGGUGACAAAUGACUCCAAUGAGGAGGAAAUCCGGCGAGCAUACAAGCGCCUGGCACUGCGCUACCAUCCGGAUAAGAACCCAGAGGCAGAUGCAGAGGAGAAGUUCAAGCAGAUCGCUCAAGCCUAUGAGGUCCUCACAGACCCCCAGAAGCGCAGCGUGUAUGACCAGCAAGGUUUAACCAAAGGAGGUGUGUCCUCCACUGGAAGCAAAACAGACUCCGCCCACAGUAGCCCCAAGGCACAAGAUUCCCACGCCUGGCGCGUAUUUUUCAACUUUGAGUUCGAUUCAGACGAUGACCUCUUUAACCCCUUCCUGAAAAAUCCAAUGCCCCACCUCGGCCGCCAGCACGGCAGCAAGGCGUCUUCGUCCCACCCCAUGACAGAGGUGCAUGACCUGCAGGUGAGCCUGGAAGAUAUCCUGACGGGUGUGACCAAGAGGGUGAAGGUGACACGCCUUCGUCAGACAGACAAGACUCUGCAGCCAGAGGAGCGGGUGUUUGACGUAGAGGUGAAGAAAGGCUGGAAAGAAGGAACCAAGAUCACCUUCCCAGGAGAGGGUCACCAGGUGCUUGGCCACCCCCCCAGCGACCUGGCCUUCAUAGUCAAGGAGAAGAAGCAUGCCCACUUCCGACGAGAGGGCUCCAACAUUGUCUACACUGCCACCAUCACUCUGCGAGAGGCUCUGUGUGGAUGCACAAUCAGUGUCCCCACCCUCGAUGGUCAGAUGAAGCCUAUCCCCAGCAGCGAUGUCAUCAAACCAGGCUCACUGAGGAGGCUGAUUGGCGAGGGACUUCCUCGCGCCAAGAACCCCGCCCAGCGCGGUGACCUCAUGGUUGAGUUCAACGUGGUUUUCCCUGACCGGAUCCCACCAUCAAGCAAAGAGAUCAUCAAACACAGCCUGGGACAGUGUUAACACACACGCAGAGACUCUUAAAAAAACACACACAUACACACUACACACACUACACAAAUCUCAGUGACGGAUGAAACGUCGACCUUUUGUCUCUGUGAGGCAUUAUGUGUGCUGAACUGUAUACACACGCAUACAAACACACACACACACACACACACUCUCAGAUAGGCUGUAGACAAAAAAAACACUGCAACCUUUCAUAAUGGACACACACACAAUCCUUCGCAAACUGAUACACAAACAGAGGUGCUACUCUUUAAGAACCAAUGCACUUCCUGUGUAACAGGAAGCAGCGCAUUCUUCGGGAGAGGGCUCAAUGGGCUCCUGUAGGAUAUUGUCGUUCCUAUGACAAGCUUCUCGACUCGCUCUAAACCAUGACAAACUUGUACUUGUGUACAGAGUCGUCAAUGAAUUUAGUCUCUAUGAGAGAUUCCUGUGUCAUGUUUCAAUGAAUUAUUUAUACAUAGACUAAUUAUGUAAAGAUCUGAAUGUGCUGCACAACCCAGCAUGUAGGAUGCGACUGUAUGAAUAGCAUGUUUUUUAAGUGCAAAUAAAGAUUUAUUAAAUAAA